CCAGCCAGGCAUCAGAGGCAUCUAUAAAAGCACAUUGGUCCAGGCGCCAGCAUCCGUCUUCAUCACCACCCGUCACCACACAAUGCUGGGAGGACUGGGGAAACUUGCUGCUGAGGGCCUGGCCCACCGCACUGAGAAGGCCACCGAGGAAGCCGUCCAUGCCGUGGAGGGGGUAGUGAAGGAGGUGGUGGAGCACGCCAAGGAAGCUGGAGAGAAAGCCAUUGCUGAAGCCUUAAAGAAGGCCCAGGAGACAGGGGACAAAGUGGUAAAGGAAGUCACUGAGACGGUGACCAACACAGUCACAAAUGCUGUCACCCACGCAGCUGAAGGCCUGGGCAAACUGGGACAGUGAGCACGCCCGCCAUCGGCAGACUCUCCCUGAAUCUCAAUAAAAAGCUGUGAAAUGUGUA